AUGAAUAAUAGCAGCGCAGUUUACCGUUCAGACCAAACACGGUGCUCCUCUAGCGUGUCCGAAACAGUAACGGUUAUUCUUUCAACGGUCAGCUUGCUGGCGUUAACGGGAAAUUCUCUUGUCAUCCUAACAUUUAUCAAGUCUGUUAACCUUAAAACCAGCUCUAACUACUACAUCGUUAACAUGGCGGCUUCUGAUCUGGUUUGUGUUCUCCUUAACUGGCCGCUCUAUGCUACUGAGGGGAUGUUAAAACCUGGCGGAAGUCUAAUUACAAACUCAGCUUUCGCUACAAUUUGCUGCAAAAUGGGAAUUUAUUCACGAUCAGUGUCGUAUGUGGUUUCCAUUUUAAGCUUAAUGCGCGUCGCUGUGGACAGAUUUAUUGUAACUGCGUUUCCACUAAAGGCCUUAAACAUAUCUCGAAAGCCUCGCAUAUUCUUUCUGGUUAUAAGUUGGUUGUUGCCAGGGAUUUCCCUAGUACCGUACCUGUUUUACACGAAAAUCGUUGAAAUAGAGAACCAAACGUUUUGUAGAAACCUGACGAGUGGUUAUUUUCUGAGGAUGUAUUACACCGUCGCUUUUGUCUUAUUCUACUGUGCUCCGCUUAUUUCAAUUCUCAUCUUGUAUCCUCUUAUCAUGAAACAUUUACGGACAUCUAGAGUCAUAGGCGUACGGGCCGGGGGGGCGAGGGGGGCUGCAGCCCCCCCAAAUUUUGGGCAACUCAGAUUUUUUGGGCAGCGAGAGAAAAUUUGGGAAAAGUCAGUUUUUAAAGACGUCACCAUGUUUAUUUAUUUAUUUUGAAGACCUGAAUAUUAACCUGAAGUCGGCGUAAUAAUCCAGUUACACCACAGCGGUUGCCUAGCAUGUGAUGAGUAAUUUACAUAUUUGCAGUUUUUUCAUGGUUGGGCACUAUACUGCACUGCACUAGCUGGAAUGGGUUAUUUCCAGUCGUGAAUUGAUUAAAAUAAACUUUCGCAUAACUUUCUAGAAUCAUCUCCACUCGAAGAACAGUGUAUGGCAGAUAGCAUUAGCAGUGGGUAUGAAAAUGAAGAAGUGGCUGACUACUGAAUUCUCAGUUUGAAUUAGUAUAGGUAAUAGCUUGAUUUGUAGUGAUAUUUGGCAUAAAUACCACGAGUCAUAUUUCAAAAUUGUUAUACGUACCACUGCUCUAAGCCAAUCAAAUCGCAGAAAUUUCUCAUGUAGUAGUAUAACGAGAACAAUCUUAAUUCUUUUAAAAAAUCUAUCAACCGGUUUAAAAUUAUUCGCUAAUUUGUUUAAGUAGACCGAAAUGUUUGUAAAACCGCUAACAAGAGUGCCCGGAUACAUACUAAUCAAAUCCUUCUUUCGAUUCUAGCAAUCAAGCAGAGCUAUCUCCACGACCUUUCAGACAAUUUUUUAAAAAGAUUAAAACUACUAUGAGGUGAAAUUGCAUGUCAAAAGCGCUUCGUUUGCUACAGAUAACGGCCAGACAUCAAGAUUUUCCUUUUCUUACCGUAUUUUCAAUAAUAAAAACUUUUUCCAAAAUAUCUCGACCGUGUUGGAGGAAAAAAGCUCCUGUGAACGAUUUUGUAAGGUUCCCCGUGCCGAGAAUCAUUGCUGAAGUAAAAUAGGUAAUGGGGUCAUUUCGUUGCUAUGACAACUCCGGUGUCAUUGCAGCCCUGAUGAUGACAAAUUGUCAUCUUAAUACAACUGUGGUCGCAAUUUUUCCAAAUGUUUGUUUAAGGCGACGUAGUUUAUGCUCAGACUUGGCAUUGACCCUGGAAAACUGUAUCGAGCCACCUUCAUAGGACGGCCUAUGUUGUUGUAAUAUGGCCCUCAUUUCUUUUCGACUCUUUCUUAAAAAUUUGGGCAACUUGAAAGAUAUUUUUGGGCAAAUGGUUUACCGCCCCCCCUGGCAAAAAAUUUCCCGUACGCCUAUGUCUAGAGUAAAGCUUGACAACAGAGGAGGGAGAACAGCUCUUGCUUCAAAAAGACUGAAACAAAGCCGAAACAUCAUGAAAAUCUUUGGAUCAAUCGUUCUGACUUUUUUUAUUUGCUGGACACCACAUUAUGUUUAUUUGUUCCUGAAAUCCUUUUAUCCUUCGAUAUUUCUGAAGGACAAAUGUCUCUUUCUUGUUGGUUUAUUUUAUUAUUUAUUUCCGAGUCUCAGUACAGUAACAAACCCCUUUAUUCUCAUGCUCUUUAGUACAAGCUAUCGUGAGGCCGUAAAAAGCUUA